AUGGGUAAGCACAGAAGAAAUAAGAAAACUCAAAAGUCCAGACAUGAUCCAUUAUCCAAUCCUAAUUUGACCACUAGUGCUGCCAUUAAUGCCGUUCGAGGUUCUGGCAAACAGUCUAAAAUAGGACCUUUAAUUGAUAAAUUGAAAUCACUGGUGCUUAACGACAAAUCAAUGGCGAUAGGUGUGAUUAAUGUAUUGGCUGAGGAUGAACAGAUGAGACAAGAGUUGAUUAAUAAUGAUAUUGUCCUAGUUCUAAUGCAGUAUUGUUUGAAUGAUGCCAAUGCCAGUGAGGAUAUUUUGAUUGAGUCGUUUGGGUUAUUGAGAAAUUUAAUCAUUGAAGAAGGAUAUGACAUAAUUCAGUUUAUUUGGGAUAAUGACAUUUGGACAAUUGUGGAAAACAAUUUGAACAAAAUCAACAUUUCCUUCAAUUAUUUAAUGAACCACAACAAUAACGAUGAUGGAACCAGUGAUGGCAAGCCAAAGAAAAACUUGAGCAAGGCCAAAAUCCAAUCACUUUAUGAAUUUUCGGAGAAUCUCUUUACAUUGAUAAUCAUGCUUAUUACCUCAGAUGAGAGAAUUUUUGACUUUGUCUUUAAUAUCAACAGCAAUGGCGAGAAUAAUACUGGCGGUAACAAAAUCGAUCCAAUUGUACAAUUUGUAUUAAGUUUAAUUGAUAGUCACAUCAAUAACAAAUUAAGAUUAUCGAAAAAACUAUUCAACACUUUGUUGGAAUUAUUAUUCCAAUUAUCUACAGAAUCGAUCUCAUUUGUUCAAAAAUUAAGCACAUCGUUUGAUUGGGAUAAACUUGGACAAUUUUUACAGAGUGAUGCCAAUUAUGACUCAACAUCCAAAAUAUAUUAUAAUGGGAUAUUCUUUUCGUUAGUUGAGAUUGUAUUGCAGCCAUCGCCACAAGAGAAAAAAGAAGAGCUAAUGAGACAAGUAUUGAGUGAUAUCAUAAAGGCAAUUACCGUCAAAGAAGGCUCAGAAUCAAAGCCAAAAGAAGGUGAGGAACAAGAGACACAAGAUUUGGCAGCAUUUGAGGCAGGUUGUGAUAUUAUAGCCACUAUUUGUGAGUAUUUGGCUACCGAUGAGACCAAUCCUGAAACACCUGCAAGACUUUCACCCGAGACUUUACAAUUACUAGAAAUGGUUGGUAAUCAAUUGGUGGGCAAAAUUGAAGCCAUGGGGGUGUCUGAAUCAGAAUCAAGUUCUGCUGAAGCAGCAAUUAAUAACUUGCAAUUGGUAAUUAGCUUUAAUCAAUAA